CUAAAACUUUUAUUUGACCAUCCACAUAAGUUCUUUGCCGGUCAGCACUGUGACACGAACACAUGAAAAGAGACAUAGUGAAAUAAGUUUUUUUUUUAAAUAAAAUAAAAAAAAAAUAAAAUAGCCAAAAUAUACAAAUAUAUAUCAAGAAAUAUGAUGGCCGGCAAGAAAGUUUUAUUUUUGGUGUUAAUUGGACUGAUUCUGCCAGCAUUUUUCACAGCAGCAGAGGAAGAGGAAAAUUUUGCUGUCGAACUGACGUCUGAGAACUUUGACGAGGCUAUAGCAAAAAACAAUCAUUUUGUGAAAUUUUUUGCGCCAUGGUGCGGUCAUUGCAAACGUCUACAUCCUCUGUGGGAACAGUUGGCCGAAAUGAUGAAUGUCAAAGAUGAGCCACAAGUUAUCAUUGCCAAAGUUGAUUGUACGCAACACCAAGAGCUGUGUGCCAAACAUGAAAUAACCGGCUACCCCACUUUGCGCUUCUUCAAGCUGGGCGAAACGGAAUCGGUGAAAUUCAAGGGCACUCGUGAUAUGCCUGCCAUAACUGAAUUUAUCAACGAACAACUUAACAGCGAAAAUGAAAUCGCCCAUGGCGACGAGGACAAUAAGAAGAAGACUGAAGGUGGAGAAGUGCCAGCGGCUGAUACCAAGGGAAAACUUGUGGAAUUGACGGAGGACAAUUUCGCCAAACACAUUUCCAGCGGCAAUCAUUUUGUUAAAUUCUAUGCCCCCUGGUGCAGUCACUGUCAACGUUUGGCUCCUACCUGGGAACAAUUGGCCAAAACGGUGCAAAAUAUUCAAGAUGUUAGCAUAGCUAAGAUCGAUUGCACCGUCUACCGUCCUAUUUGCCAAGAUUUCGAAGUCAAAGGCUAUCCCACGUUAUUGUGGAUUGAGGAUGGCAAGAAAAUUGAGAAAUAUUCCGGGGCUCGCGGCCACGAUGAGCUACAUGCCUAUGUAAAGAAAAUGUUGGGCAGUGAUGCCGGCCAAGAUGCUGCCGCCUCUACUGAAAAACCCAGCGAUGAGAAAGAUAAAUUACAGGUCCUUCAACUGAGUGGUGAUGAUUUCGCAGAAACUGUAGCCGAUGGUGUGACAUUUGUGAAAUUCUAUGCUCCCUGGUGUGGGCAUUGCCAGAAAUUGAGCCCUGUCUGGGAUCAGUUGGCCGAGAAAAUGCAUAGCGUUGCUAAUCCCAUUAAAAUUGCAAAAGUGGAUUGCACUGCUUCAGAAAACAAGAAGCUUUGCAUCGAACAAGAAGUGGAGGGCUAUCCCACCUUGUUUGCCUACAAAAAUGGUGUACGCCAAAGCGAAUACGACGACAGUCGAUCACUCUCCGAAUUAGCUGCAUACAUAACGAAGUUUGUCGGCCAUGAUGAAUUGUAAAUGUGAAUUUUUAACCGUUGGCUGCUCUAUUUGUUCCAACAACCACCGUAUCUUCCUACCCCAUAAGUAUAUGCGCCAUCACCACAUGAAGCCAUUAUUUUGGAAAAUAUGUGUCGUUUCUUGCAUUUAUAACUCCUCAUCCGUAUGCAUGGUGUUCUUCCCUAUCAAAUAGUUUUUUUUUCGUAUUAUCGCAUUUGUUUAUUUAGUUUAAUUAUUUUUUGUCUGUAUUGUUUUAUGAUUUAUUGAUUACUUGCGCAAGUGUUUUAUUAUUGUUUUAUACUUUUUGAUUUUGGUUUUUGUGUGCUUAAAUACUUCCAUUAUACAAUCAUUAUAAACUAAGAUAUAAAACAAGUCACACAUGAAAUAUGAACAAACAAAAAUAGUUUUAAAUAAAUGGAUCAAGU